ACCAGACUAACGUCCCAACACACAUAAUCUUCGUUUGAAUCAAGAUGGCGGUCGAGGAACUUUUGAGAGAGCUGUUUUUCAACCCAAUAAAUCUCGUAUUACUGUCCGUUUGUGGGUUUUUGGUGUACAAAAUCUUUGUUGGGAGUAGAAGGAAGCCAGAUCCACCGAGAGACCCACCACUCCCGAAAAUGAAGAAGAGAGAUUUCACCCUGCAAGAAUUGAAAGAAUACGACGGUACCGGCCCAGACAAACGAGUGCUAGUGGCUGUGAACGGCAAAGUUUUUGAUGUAUCACGGGGAAGGAGAUUUUACGGACCAGGGGGUCCGUAUGGUGUUUUUGCUGGUCACGAUGCUUCCCGUGCCUUGGCAACAUUCUCUUUGGAUAAGGAUUCUUUCAAAGAUGAAUAUGAUGACCUUGCUGAUCUAGACAAGGAAUCUUUGGAUGGCGUCCGGGAAUGGGAAAUGCAGUUCAUGGAAAAAUAUGACUAUGUCGGCAAGCUGUUGAAACCAGGGGAGGAGCCCACAGAAUAUUCAGAUGACGAAUCUGCUACAGAUACAGAGAAGAAAGAUAACUAGGCACAGUGUAAUGUGGGAGAGCAACAACACACCACAAUAUGAGCAAGUAAAUUAAUUCAGUGAGCUUUCUUGGAAUUUGGAAUAUUCUGUUCACUUUGUCAAUAUUCAACACCAAAUUUUGAAGCAUUCCAUGUUUAAGAAUCUUCGCAGCCCUGAUAUGCAGUCGGACUAAAUUAUACAACUUGUCAUCCAAGUUUCAAGUUUCAUGCAUAGCUCUGUGUUCAAGGGAUCCUGCAUUCCCAUUUAUUCUCAGUAAAAUGCAUAGGUUAAGAUAUCUUUCUUUGACAAUGCAGUAACUGUGCCUCAUUAAGAUAUUUCAUUUUUGGUGUACUACUUUGCAGUACAAUUUUAUCCUCGCCUUUACCAAAACAGAGCGUGUCUACCCAAGCAAGAUAGUCUGCAUAUUCUAAAAUAUGAGUUAUACGUAAGUGACUAAUAAGGUAUUUCGAUUAAAAAGUAGUUUGCUCUGUAAUUUUUAUCACUGCAUGUUGUGGUGUGUUGUACAGUGGACCACCUCAAGGACCAGUUGGAUUAAAAUACUGGUGCCAGUAAAAAGAUCACACUAUCAUUACAUGGUGGCUGUCUUAUGCAGGAAGACAAUUACUUUUUAAAAAUAUAUAAGACACAUACAUGUACAACAUGUACACAUUAGGCCUUUUCGCACUAGAACAGCUUGUUGCUAGUGUCUAGGGGUUUCUUAUCCAUGUCUAUGAAGCUACAACCCUGCUCUUUCACACGACAGUUCUUGCCACCAGAGAAGAUGUCUGGCCCUGGAGACAACAAUUUCAAGCCUGAUCCUGAGCAGGGUUGAGCUCUCCCCGGGAGAUAACAAUCUCAGGGGUGGCUCAGGCUGAGAAUUUAAAGUGUGAUUCAUGGCUUAUAUUAACCCCAGUGUCGCCCGGCGGCCCGGGGCCACUCCCAAGAUUUUGUCUAGUGUGAAAAGGCCUUUAGCUGACUAGUGGCGUAAGCAUUCAGCUAAACUUGUCAUUCAGAAGAAAUGAAAAAUGAAGAUUCAAUCUCGUAAAUAAAUGAUAGUCAUUCUUAAAGUUGGAGCGUUAUUCAAUUGUUUUGUUUUCCUUACAAUCGUGUUGGGUCUUUAAAAGACCAAAACCUCUAUGUUUUGCACAAUGCAAAUCUUUCUCAUGUUCUACACAAUUUCACUUUUUAACCAACUGUAUACGUGUGUACGUAGGAUUUCCUCUUUUUCUUUCUUUCUUAAACACUCCUGUGGUCUGAUUUCUGGACUUCCUUCAACUGUUUUUUUUAAAGCAAUCCUAAUACUUCUUUGAUAAUGACUCACAGCUUUUUUAAAGUCUAAACAUGCACUUGUAGUGGGCAAACUUCCUUUUUAAUUAUUUGAAUGCUGUUACGAUGCCUGCUUUGACUAUGUUUUGACAAAGUUUGCACAUUUAGAUGGCCAUAAUUAAAGAUUUUUCUGUAAUCAAGUAAGUUCAAAAUCAUUUAGUUUUUCAUCAGUAAAUUGCUGUUUUAAUUUUAUUUAACAAGACCAUUGUUUCAGUGAUAAGAAAUAGACAAACCAAGCACGUUCAUGUUUAAAGCAGGAAUUCUAAUUGAUGACUAUCUUAAAGCCAUUGAGAUGAACCCAUAUAUCCAUAGUCAAAAAAAUCUUGCAGACUCUCACUUUCGAAUGUAUACAUUUUAUUUUGUUCUUUGCCUAAUUUCAGGCAGUAUAAACCUCAGAUUUAGAUAAUAUUCAGUUUUUUUGUUUUGUGUUUACAUAACAGUAGUUAAGUUAACUCUCAAGAGGAGCUGAUCUAGAAUAGUCAAACUUCCAAUUCCAAUGGAGACAAACAUUGUAAAUUUGUAAUGUGUUUCACUUCCAAAACUAAUAAUGUACAUUUAGGAUACAUGUACUUGAUCAUCUGAAGUCAAAAACUGCGUGUACCAUAUGGCAAGCUGUUAAAUUACUGUUACAUGUACCUAUUAACUGAUAUGUGCUUAAUGAAAUUAAUUAAUUUACAAUGUUUGUAAUUGUAUGUGUAUUCCAAUAGAAAUAGAAAUUUUGUACAUGGUAUCUACCAUGUCAACUCUGGUUUGCAAGUUGCUAGUAAUGGGUGCGUUCGUUUAGCUCACCCGAAGUUUGCAAGAUGUUAACUUCAGAUUGCAGAAAAUGUCAGUUGUGUACAUGCUUUUCUUAAAAUUUGCAGUUUUACAAAUGCUUCUAAUUUCCACAAACAUUGUACAAUGUACAGAAUAUACAUAAUCAGUCAUUGAUUAUAAAUGAGUAUAAGUCUUGCGUAUAUUUCCAGAGAGGUGCCAAUUGGGAUUGGAGUACCUCAAAACUUGGAAUGUUCCUGUGUCUUUAAGAAUCCUUGAUUUUGAACUUGGUAUGAUCUCAGAGUGUCAAUACUGCCAACAGGUCCCACGAUCAAAUAAGUUCUAUAUAUAUUUGCUUAUUGGAAAUAUUUGUGGUCUACAUGUAAGUCUGCUCGCAGUGGACACAUCAGUCAUCCUUCCAAUUAGAACAUAAUAUUUCUAGCCCAAUUUUCCAAAUGUAUUAUGAGUUUUGAGACCGCCCAUUAAUAAGUUAACUAGCUGCUUGCAUGCAUGCGUUAGUUGCUAGGGAUAAUGAUCUCAUGGAAUUGUUUGUGAUGAACUUCACUUGUAAAUGCGUUAAGCUAUUGAAGUACAAAGUUGAUGAAAAAUAAAAUCUUAAAAAUCACUGUUUUUUAAUGAUAGUUUGGCAUUAAGUAAAUUUUCCAGCUGCCAGGAAAUUUGGUUUAGAUUGGAGAGCAGAAUUUAACUUGGGAUUUCUGCUGGAACACAUUGUUGAAAUAAUCACAUGACAUCAAUGGCAGUUUGUUGCUAUUGAUUCCUUUGUUCAGUUUUAUUCUCUUCUUUCAACCCAACUUAUCUCAUGCACAUUUCUAAUCAACACAUGGUAACAAUUCUUCAGUACAAAAUAAAUAACUCCUAAAUAAAUAGGUACAUGGGUAGAUACUUGUUGUACAUGUAAGUCCAUUGAUUUCAUAUACGUCGCUGGUGUUGUAAAUCAGCUGGCUGUACUGCGGGUUGUUUAGAAUAUUGAAUUUGGCUGUGGGAUUUCCAAUAAAAUCAAAAUAAACUAAACCCAUUAAUAA